GCGCAGAGCAGUUUGAGACUACGGCGGCCGCGCAGGCCCAUUCGACGCCGGCCCAGCGCCCCGGGCCGCCGUCCGCCCGCGCCCUCGCCCCGCCCAGUUUAGUUCCGAGCCAGCGCAGCCAGGCCUGCGCAGUCGCGGCGGCCGGGGAAGAUGGUGGAGGACGGCGCGGAGGAGCUGGAAGACCUGGUGCACUUCUCCGUGUCCGAGUUGCCUAGUCGCGGCUACGGCGUCAUGGAGGAGAUCCGGCGGCAGGGCAAGCUGUGCGACGUGACGCUCAAGAUUGGGGACCACAAAUUCAGUGCUCACCGGAUCGUCUUAGCAGCCUCUAUCCCGUAUUUCCAUGCUAUGUUUACAAAUGACAUGAUGGAGUGCAAGCAGGAUGAGAUUGUAAUGCAAGGAAUGGACCCAAGUGCCCUGGAAGCUCUGAUCAACUUUGCCUACAACGGCCACCUCGCCAUUGACCAGCAGAAUGUGCAGUCGUUGCUGAUGGGGGCGAGUUUCCUGCAGCUGCAGAGCAUCAAAGACGCCUGCUGCACGUUCCUCCGAGAACGGCUUCACCCCAAGAACUGCCUGGGCGUCCGCCAGUUCGCCGAGACCAUGAUGUGCGCCCUGCUGUACGACGCGGCCACCAGCUUCACGCACCAGCACUUUGUGGAGGUGUCCACGUCGGAGGAGUUCCUGGCGCUGCCCCUGGAGGACGUGCUCGAGCUGGUGUCUCGGGACGAGCUGAACGUGAAGUCGGAGGAGCAGGUCUUUGAGGCCGUGCUGGCCUGGGUCAGGUACGACCGGGAUCAGAGGGGGCCCUGCCUGCCCGAGCUGCUCUCCAACAUCCGCCUGCCCCUCUGCCGGCCGCAGUUCCUGUCGGACCGCGUGCAGCAGGAUGACCUGGUGCGUUGCUGCCACAAGUGCAGGGACCUGGUAGAUGAAGCAAAGGACUAUCACCUCAUGCCGGAGCGCCGGCCCCACCUGCCGGCUUUCAGAACUCGGCCUCGCUGCUGCACAUCCAUCGCUGGGCUCAUCUAUGCCGUGGGGGGCCUCAACUCAGCAGCAAAUUUUUAUGCAGGUGACUCCCUGAAUGUGGUGGAAGUGUUUGACCCCGUCGCCAACCGCUGGGAGAAGUGCCAUCCCAUGAGCACAGCCCGCAGCCGCGUCGGCGUGGCCGUGGUGAACGGGCUCCUCUACGCCAUCGGCGGGUACGACGGCCAGCUGCGGCUGAGCACCGUGGAGGUCUACAACCCGGAGACGGACACGUGGACGCGCGUGAGGAGCAUGAACAGCAAGAGAAGUGCCAUGGGGACGGUCGUACUGGAUGGACAGAUCUAUGUCUGUGGUGGCUACGAUGGCAACUCUUCUCUCAGCUCUGUGGAGACCUACUCACCUGAGACAGACAAGUGGACAGUGGUGACCCCGAUGAGCUCGAACCGCAGUGCCGCGGGGGUUACAGUCUUCGAGGGCAGGAUCUAUGUGUCGGGUGGCCACGACGGUUUGCAGAUCUUCAGCAGCGUGGAGCACUACAACCACCACACGGCCACGUGGCACCCGGCGGCUGGCAUGCUCAAUAAGCGCUGCCGCCACGGGGCCGCCUCCCUGGGAAGCAAGAUGUUCGUGUGCGGGGGCUACGACGGCUCAGGCUUCCUCAGCAUCGCCGAGGUGUACAGCUCAGUGGCAGACCAGUGGUGCCUGAUCGUGCCCAUGCUCACGCGCCGGAGCCGGGUCUCGCUGGUGGCCAGCUGCGGGCGGCUCUACGCCGUGGGGGGCUACGACGGACAGUCCAACCUGAGCUCGGUGGAGAUGUACGACCCGGACACGGACCGCUGGACGUUCAUGGCCCCCAUGGCCUGUCACGAGGGCGGGGUCGGUGUGGGCUGCAUCCCUCUGCUCACCAUCUAAGGCACAGGGGUGGGCCGUGGUGGGGCAGGGAUCUGGUACAAACACGGGCAGCACUCCCUUCCGGGGACCGUCCCCCGGGGAGAGGUGCUGGACCAGACGACAGGGUGAAACGUGAGCUCGCCGGAGGUCCAGGUUUUCAGGUGCUUAAGUCCUCCCUUGCUGUUGCAGCCCUUGUGAUCUUCAGGCCUGGGUGACCAAGAUACACAGCGGGGAACAGAAGCCCCUCUGGGUCCGGCCGCCGGUGACACAGAGCAGCUUGGCUGGUCCAGACGUCUGCGGGCUCCAUCCAAGCCCACCUCCCAGCCGCCGCAGCGCCGUGAGCCACCCCUCUGCAGAGGGCUUUCUAUCUGACAGUCCUUGCCCACCUCGCGCCAGCUGAAUCGUGGCCAGUUUGCAGUGGGUGGCUGCAGUGACCGAGGCUGCUGGAAACUGCGGGAUGUGGCCGGGGGAGAGGGGACACAGGCCAGAGGUCCUCACUUCACGCCUGCAGCAUGGCAGGGCCAGCCGCACAUGGGCCCCUGCGCCUCCUUCCAUCCGAGGGCUCGGAGGAUUCUUGUCUACAUUGCUGAGCAAGCAGGGAGAACAGAAGCUUUUCCUGUGUCUAAUUUUGGGAUUGCCGUGAGGUCUUUUGCAUCUUAUUUGAGAGAAACCUAGGGAGAAGGAAAAAAAAAAAAGAUACUUGAAAGAAACUGAAGGAAAGUUAAGCAACACUUGAAAAAAACUGGAAGGGAAAAUAGUGUUUUCAAGCAAGCAAUUUUUUUUUUUUUUUUGCAAGAAGAAAACAAAAGACACUAAAGGCAGUUCCAUGUUUAAAUGGAAAACCGCCACCCGCCAUGAAAACGGUGGUGUCCGCUCCCAUGUUCUUCGGAUCCCAGGGUCCCGAGGCCUCGCCGGGCGCGCGGGCUUCCCUCUGAGCCCCUGCGUGUCAGGAACCAGCGCGGUGUCACCCAGUCCUGCAGCACGGUGCUCACGGGGUUUGUCUCCACACCCACUGUCAGAGGACUUUUUUAAUCGUAAGCUUAGCGAGUUGGCUGAGUUAUCGCCGCCCUUCUAGGUGAGAGCUCCCAGCUCGUCGCCGGGGGCUCCUCGUGCCCUGGUGGUCCCCUCCUGCUGCCACCAUGGCGCUCAUGCAGAGCACCUCCCCACUCGCGUUCCCCCCUUCCUUGACCAGCAGGAAACAGCAGGUCCGGCCAGAUGCUCAUUUGCCCACCUGUCCUUCUUGGAUAGUUUUCCUCAUCAUGACGCUUCUGAGGCACAUCGACCAUUUUGUACCUCGAGAAACUAACCAGGGACUUGGUCCUUCCACCAGCCCUGGGCUGGCUUGGUCCAGCCGCCUCCUCUCCCCCGCCAGUCCGCUGCUCCCCCAUCCACUCGCCAACUCCAAGGGUCUGACCUCCCCUCCAGCCCUUGGCAGACAGACCAGCAAGGUGGACCUUUACACUCUCACAAAGCCGGCUUUACGCCCCAAAGAAGUAAAAGCCGAAAGAAUCUCUUGCUGCUGCAAAGAACGGAUUUUAUAUUUCUUCCUAUGAUCUUAGCAAACGACCUUUCAAAGAGACUCCACGCUCCUCCUUCCCCCUCCCUGGAUAGGACCUUGACAUUGCACAGCGGGAAACCGACGAGAGGACGCUUCUGUGACCAGUGCACUGGGCAGGGGAGCUGGUCCUCAACUGCUGCUGCCAAAAUUAGGUUUUCCUAAAGUUCUUCCAGUAGAGACGUAAGAGAGGAUACGUUUCCAACGCGAGAUUGGGUCCGAGGGUCCCGGUCUCUACUUCGUUGGUCUCCUGCCCGUCGCCGCCUCUGCCUGGGUGUCCUGGAAGCCCAUUCAGAAAGGCACAAUGUGGCAUCUGAGACAUCUCUCCUACCCUGGGACCAGGAGGUUUACCAGUGUGUGCAAUCGCCAUGUUUCCAGAGGAAGUACCUUUGACACCUGCCACUUAGGUGGAGCUGGGCCUCUGCUGAAAGCACCCGAAAAUGAUGUUUUUAUUUUAAAAGACUUAACAACCUGAUCCAGUUUAAGCCCAGGCUCACAGUGGAGCUCCAGCACUUCUCACUCCCUAUCUGUCUGCCUCUAGAGGUAGACUCGGAAGGAGGGUGGGGUCCGUGUUUCCUGUUAAGAGAGGAGUUCCCAGUGCACAUCUUCUUAUAAGCCCCUUCCUUUUGUAAAUUUGCAACAGCACUGACAAGCCUGAGUUGUGAAUGUGUUAAGAAUCAGCAUGUGGGCCUCGCCAGGUUCUUAGGAUGCUGACCCAGAUUUUGCCAUUGGGGUUGAGAGCUCAGUCUCCCACGAUCUGCCGCUCUUGUGGUGGCCUUCCUGCACCUACUCCCUCCUCCUGGCGUGGAAGUUACACUGCCAGAAGUUACAGUGUUUCCGAGUAAGGUGAAGCCAGUGCUUUGACUUGGGCUCUAAGCACAAGCGCGCAGACACCAACAUUUCACGCUCCCCACAGUAGGUUCCUCAGUCCAAUGGUCCUAACUGUUCACAGGUGGCUGGUCUGACCCUUUGGUGUUGCAGCCUUUCCAGGAAAACCAUGAAAAGAAAAGACAUCACCCAGAGAUACUGUGGAAAGGACAUGGGACAGACACUAUGAACAGUGAGCCUUGGGGUCCAGUCCAGCUCUGAGCAGAAGGCCACGGCAUCAGCCGUCCUUGGGUAUUUAUUACCCUUAGGUUGUGUUAUUACCCUUAGGUAAUAACACAAGGAGCCUUCUCUUCUGGGUUUCAUCUGAGAGCAAAGCCAGGAUGGGAGCUGAAGACCAGCCUUUUGACUUGGCUCCAGAGAUGUGAGUAGGUAGGAAUUCUGACUCUCCCUGCCCCCAAUUUAUUGUUUCCCAGAAAAUCUUCAUUCCUUUUAUUUAUAGAACGCAUGUCUUUUGUGUUAAGAAACCAAAGAGAAAUAAAGAGUUCACUCCUAAUA